AUGAAGAAGAGCAAUACCCGCAAUCUCCAAAGUCGUAACCACAUGUGGGGUUAUUGCAAUUUUGAUCACAAAUCCCAUUUCCAAGACUUGAAGGUAAGCAAGCGAAAUUUUCGGUGCAAGACUUAUAGCAAUCAGAUUUUUCAGGAUUCAGUUUUGGGUUUAUUGAAGAGCUUGAGUCAUAAUUGCAAUAGGAAAGCAUGCAGUUUGGGUUACAGAUUUGGUCACCUCUCUACAUUAAAUUUACUGAUGAAGGAGGGCAGAGAGAAGGAUUGCAUAAAAAAUUCACCAUGAGUGAAAAUGAGGGCAUAA